GACAGGUGCGCGGGAUGACAGCCGUCGCUCGGGCCAGCCAGGACGACAACCGUCCGAUGACGGCCGUCAAGGGCGCCGGGUACUCCUCAGGAGCCGGCACCCCGGGUCUGGAGAGCGCCAAGCCCGUACUGGAGACACAGGUGGUCGACACGCCCGAGGAGAAGAUCCGCCAGCUGGAGCUGCGCACCAUGGACCUGGUGGAGGAGUCGUGCCUGGCCAGCUGCCGCAACGACGAUAAGGUGGCGCUCGACAAGGCCAAGGAGGCGUCGGCCAAGGAGCGCACGUUGAUCCGGUACCGCGAGCAGGCCGGCCUCAUGGAGUCGCACAACAUGGAGCUCACCUUCCUGGUGCUAACCAAUUUGGCGCACCAAUAUGCCAAGAACGAGCUAUUCACGGAGGCUCUGAACACGUACGACGUGAUCACAAAGAACAAGAGCUUCAACAACCCUGAGAGGCUAAAAGUGAACAUGGGCAACAUCUACUAUAAGAUGGAGCAGUAUCCUAAGGCUCUCAAGUACUAUCGCAUGGCCUUGGACCAGGUUCCCAGCGGUCAACAAUCGUCCAAGAUCAAGAUCAUGCACAACAUUGGAAUACUGUUUGUGAAGAUGAGUCACUACACAGAGGCCAUCACCAGCUUCGAGUUUUGCAUGCAUGAGAAGCCGUCGUUCCAGACCGGCCUGCACCUGGUGGUCUGCUUCCAAGCCAUGGGAGAAAAGGAGAAGCAAAAGGACGCCUUCGAGAAGCUCCUGAAAGUACCGUUCGAUAUGGAAAAGGAAGCUAAAUAUAAAGAUCUCGAAGAGGAGGCAGAGAAGGACCCACAGACGUCGCUGGUGCUCGAGGUCAUCAAGAACGACCCCAUGCGCAAACAGGAGCGGCGGCUGCGGAACGAGGCCGAGCAGUGUAUCCUGACCGCCUCCAAGCUGAUCUCGUCGACCGGCGACACCCCCGACGAGGUGUCAGCGGCCUACGACUGGUGCGUGGAGACGCUGAAGAACUCACAGCACGCCGAGCUGGCCAGCGAUCUAGAGAUCGACAAAGCCGUCAUGCACCUGCGCAGGAAGGACUUUAAAGUCGCGAUCGACACAUUGAAAGUGUUCGACAAGGUGGAAACGAAGGUGGCGUCCCACGCCUUCACCAACCUGGCCUUUCUCUAUUUUCUGCGGAAGGAGUGGGAGGAGGCGCAGCGGUACGGGGAGCAGGCGCGCGACGCUGACGGUUACAACGCUCCGGCUCUUGUCAAUCUGGGAGACUGUCUGCUCCAGAAGGGCGAACUGGAGAAGGCCAAGGAGUACUACGUCUGCGCCCUCGACAAUGACGCCUCUUGCGUGCAGGCGCUCUACAAUCUCGGUCUCGUGAACAAGCGCCUGCGCCUGUAUCAGGAAGCCAAGGACGCGUUCAUGAAGCUGCACACCAUUGUGCGCUCACACCCGCAGAUCAUCUACCAGAUCGCCAGCUGCUUCGAGCUGCUGGGAGACGUGGACCAGGCGACUGAGUGGUUCGUGCAGAUGCUGAGCCUGGUGCCCACCGACCCGGACACGCUGUUCCACCUGGGCACCCUGUUCGACAAAGAGGGCGACAAGCAGGGCGCCUACCAGUACUUCUUCGAUUCGUCCCGCUUCUACCCGUCCAACCUGGAGGUGAUCGACUGGCUCGGCUCGUACUACAUCGAACACCAGGUGUCGGAAAAGGCCAUCAUGUUCUUCGAGCGGGCCACGCUCAUCCAGCCGGCCGAGGUCAAGUGGCACCUCAUGAUCGCCUCCUGCUUCCGCCGCGCCGGAAACUACCAGCGCGCGCUCGCCAAGUACAAGGAGAUCCACAUGAAGUUCCCCGACAACGUCGAGUGUCUGAAGUUCCUGGUCCGAAUCUGCACGGAUCUCGGCCUGGCCGAGGCGGCCGACUACGCCAUCGAGCUCAAACGGGCCGAAAAGUCCAAGGAAAAUCGGGAAGAACGAAUGAAGAAACAAGGAACGUCGUAUCGGUCCGGACUGCACGGCUCGGCGACCAGCAUGGACAGAACGCCGUCGGCGUCCUUGACCCAGGCGACGGCGCAGCCCAGUCCGACGGACGCCGGCGGGGGCACGCCGCCACCGCAGGAGGAGGAGAUCGACGCCAAGUACAAGGAUCCGCUGGGCCCGAUGCACCAGCGCAUGCUCAAGGAGGGCAAGGGCGGCGACGACGACUGGGAUGACGAGAUUGGAGACGACUUGCUGCCCGAGUAGAUGCGCACGAUCGGAGCGCCGCCACAGGGGGUCGGCGUGCCGGCGGCCGUAGUCCGGCGGCGGAGCAGCAGGCGGCCGCCGGGUGGGCGCCGGGUGCACACUGCGGAUCUGUGCCAAAUCUGCACGUUGGUGAUAUCGGUGCAUGUUGAUGGGUGUUCGUCCGAGUGGAGCCAACCUCAUCCAACCUUUGGAUAAGGGAACAUUUACGUCGUUGUGUUUUGCUGAAUGGUCAUUGUUCACUAGUGGUAGCUCAUCUCGUGCAGUGUGAUGUGAGAGCACUGAGUGCUUGAGGCCGCCAAGUGGCCACCUACAUGAGUGAUAUGAUUAGAUGUGCAGCGCGUGUAGCUGGCGUAAUUUUUGUUUACAUAGCUGUUGCAAUGCCUUGGUUGAAUUCCCUUUGUUGGUUGACAAAAUGUCUUGUGGAUGUGAUUCAAAUGCAAUGAAUGCUCCCUAUCAGUGCGCACAUUCUGGUUGGUUACAGGGGCAGCUUAUCCCAAAUAUGCUCUGCCACUUCAAGACUCGCUAGUUUCCGUUAUGUUCCAGUAACAUGAAAUAAAUUUUUAUAGACUUUGGAAUCCAGAUCAUUGUGGAAUAUGCUUGUCUUACUGCUGUACCCGGGUAUCCAUGGUAUUGAUAAUGCUCGCGUGUUUAUGAUACCCAGCGAUCUAGGCCGUGAGAAAGGAAUGCUGCUUCCUGCUUGUUCUUGGCAUAAAUGUCGUCAUGUUUCCA